AUGCCUUCAAAUCAGAUCCUCAGUCGCAUCGGUGCUGCGUUGAUUCUCGCUGCUGGCAGCGCGAGCGCCGCAUAUACGCUUACCGAUUCGUAUGACCAUACAAACUUCUUCUCAGAAUUCAGCUUCUUUUCUGGGCCCGAUCCAACUAGCGGUCUGGUUGCAUACCAACCGGCUGUUGAGGCCAGCAAAUCAUCCCUUGCUGGGUACACCAAUAACGCUGAUCUUAAAUCUGUUUACCUCGGAGUCGACCACACUACAAAGCUCUCAGGAACCGCUGGACGAGCCUCAACUCGUGUCAGCUCAAACAAGGCAUAUACCCACGGCUUGUUCAUCGCUGAUGUUGCCCAUAUGCCAGAAGGAUGUGGAACUUGGCCUGCACUCUGGAGUUUCGGUCCCGACUGGCCCUCAAGAGGAGAGAUCGACGUCAUCGAGGGAGUGAACGCUGGAACCACAAACCAAAUGACACUUCACACCUCAAAAGAUUGCAUCAUUAGCAACAGUGGAUCUGACGCUGGCACAACUCAUGUUGACGCAAACUGCAAUGCCGGUGAGGGGAAAACAGGCUGUGGUCAGACAACCAAAAACACGCAGAAUUACGGUGCAGGCUUCAACGCAAAUGGUGGUGGAGUUUAUGCUUGGGAAUGGACCUCAUCCUAUAUUGCCAUUUACUUCUUCCCCCGUACAGCCAUCCCAGCAAACAUCCAAUCCGGCAAGCCUGACCCCACCACUUGGGGAACACCAACUGCCAAGUUUGCUGGUAGCGGUUGCAACAUCGACGAUCAUUUCUCCGAACACAGCAUCAUCCUCGACACAACUUUUUGUGGCGAUUGGGCUGGUCAAGUCUGGUCAAGUGGAGGCUGCGCAGCUAGCACCAAAGCUGCCACUUGCAAUGCCUACGUUUCCGCCAAUCCAACUGCAUUCAAUAAUGCUUACUGGAUCAUCAACUCGAUCAAGGUCUUCUCAAGCGGAGCUACCAAGAGAGACGCCACUCAUGUGUCAUUCAAGGCAUAG